AUGACGUCACUGGCGGAGCAGCUGCAGUACAAGGUUCGUGGGGGGCAAAUCCAGAAGCAGGCUCCAGAAAACGUAGCAGAGGUCACUCACGGAGAAACAGACAGCAGCAACCAGAGCCAGGUCGUAAUCCGUAAUUGUAGUCGUGGAGGGAAAGCAGAGUCAUUUACUGGUCUGAUAAGCAGUCAAAAUCCCAAGAGCGACGGGCAAGGCGAGAAAACCGUGGUACAGGCUGAUAUCCUGAAUGGUUCGGCGGUGUGUGUUUAUCGAAUGGAGGAUGUGGUUCGAGCUUUUAAAGGAAACUUUCUCCACAAAGAGGGGCCUCAGUAUAAAUGGGCAGAAUUUACGGGGAAAGUGCCGUACCCACGACCAGGAACUUGUCCAAGCAGCACUUAUGGAAGCUACAGCUCAACCAGAGAAUAUCCUGACGACGUCAUUUUCUUCAGCAGGACUCAUCCUCUGCUGCAGGAACAUGUGCUGCCACUGGGAGAGCGUCCCCUCCUGGUCAGAGUAGGCGUUCACUACAAGUUUAGCAAGCUGCUGGUGGACAGAGUGGAGGCUGUAGACAGCACGUAUGACGUCCUGUUCAUCGGCACAGACUCGGGACUUGUGCUGAAGGCCAUCCAUCUGCCCAGAGACCAUGGUCAGACUCAGGAGGUCACUCUGGAGCAGCUGCAGGUCUUUCAGCACAAGUCGCCUGUGACAACGAUGACUCUGUCAAAGAAAAAGUGGCUGUUAGUAGGCUCCAGGGAGGGUGUGUCCCAGCUGGCUCUUUACCAGUGUGAGCUGUACGGUCAGGCCUGCGCUGAAUGCUGCUUGGCACGGGAUCCCUACUGCACCUGGGAUGGACACGCCUGCAGCCCCUACAUGCCCACUGUGCGACGGAGAAAUGCUCGUCAUUUAGGGGAGGAUGAGGAUCCACUAACUCAAUGUGUCCGACAGGGAGCUGGGUUGCAGGUAGAGGCGGAGCAGAGGGUGAUGAUGGUUGCCGAGGGUAACAGCACCUACCUGGAGUGUUUGCCUCGAUCCAGGCAUGCUGCGGUUACCUGGUAUAAACAAGCUGGAGAGAAUAGUGCUGAAUUAAACCAGGUAAUUACAGGUGACCAGCUGGUGGUGAUCGAGCGAGGCGUCCUGAUCCGGCGAGCCGAGCUCUCUCACGGUGGUAUCUACCACUGUCAGGUGGAGGAACACGGCUAUCACUGGACAGCAGUAACCGUCCGCCUGGCUGUUUGGAGCACCUCCGCUAAUCGAGUCCUUUCUACCUUGGCUGCAUCGUCUUAUCAAAGCACAGGAACCCAGCCCUGGUACGAGGACGUGAUGGCGCUGAUCCACCCAGGAAACCUGGGCCAGCACUGCAAAGCCCUGGGAUACCGCCCUCCUCGCAACCAACGUCACCACAAUGACUUUAUGGUGGCGCCACACAAGGAGAAAGAGAGGGGAGAUAAGCACAAGCAUGGGGGAGGAAGAGGAGGAGGAGGUGGAGGCGGACGCACUGUGGGGCGAAAGAGCAGGAGCAAGCCACAACAGAGGGCGCCGAGGAGCGCUUGAACGCAGAUCCUCAGUGACUUAAACGCACACAUUUUCUGUAUCAUACACACAAACACAUGCACACGUGCAGACACCUAACUUAUACUUCAAGACACAUGCAUAUUUUAUGUACAGAGACUGUUGUGUGCAUGCACUUAUCUACCAACGUAAAAGGCAUCGUCUCAUUUUAGUGGCAAACAUUCAAGCUAAGCUACACGUAAUCAUCUUCUGAUGUACAGAAGGACUUG